GUUUUUCAGCACAGCAUCUUAAGGGAGAAAUUUAUGGCUUUGAAGAGCAACUUGGCGAUUGUAAAAAGUACCUCAAUGUUUUAAACAAAUGCUGCAAUGAAUCCAGCGUUUUUUAUUUCUGGUUCUUCUACCAUCCUGAUCCGGUCUUGAGGAGUCUUCUCUUUGUCUGGGUCUUGGAGCGUCUGGACUUGACUUUAACUCUGCUCCAUAUUAAAUAUAUAAAGGAAACGUGUAAUGUACACUCUAUGUUGUAGCAACAGAGCAUGAUACUGUAUAAAGCAGAGACAAAAUGUAUCCUUAAAGUAAACGUGACAGUCACAUGUUUACAGUGAGUGUUGCAGGUAAAUCUGUUUAUAUAACACCCCAGUUCUAAGCUCUUUGCAUUAACUUAUGGUGCCUUUCAGGUAGUUUUCUCUCAGUCUGUGUGUAGAGCACUGCCAGAGGCUGAAGUUCUGCUCACCCAUGGUGCACUGCUGGAUGUGAUGUGCUGAUAUUUAAACUGAAGAACCAUGAGCUCCCCACCAAGUCCUUCUCCAACCAGGUGGUUCAAAGCCCUGCGGAGGACAAGGAUAGAGGAUGUGUGUCUGAAGAGUGGAGCAACAGCAUGUUCAGAGGUCCUGAAGAGAGCCAGAGCAGCUUUCAGGGCCAGACGAACAGCCCAGGAUAGCUUCAGACUGGCCCAGCUGGAGGCAUUGGUGCGCAUGUUGAUGGACCACGAGUGUGACUUUGUAGAUGCUCUUGGAAGGGAUGUGCAUAAGCCUCGCUUUGAAACAGUGAUGUCAGAGCUGAUGAUAGUCAAAAAUGAGGCUCUUCACACCAUCAGCAACUUGAAGAAAUGGAUGGAGCCGCAACAUGUAGAGCGCAACUGGGCGACAGUGUUUGAUGAAUGCUUGGUGGUAAAUGAGCCGCUGGGUGUGGUAUUGAUCAUUGGAAACUGGACCAGUCCUCUUCAGCUCUGUCUGGUACCUUUAGUAGGUGCCAUUGCAGCUGGUAACUGUGUGAUUAUAAGCCCAUCAGAAACCUGCACUCAUACAGCUGAGCUUCUGCACAGACUCAUACCAGCUUACCUGGACAAUGAAUGCUUUCACUCUGUUGUUGCAGCAGAACACGAAAUUCCAGAAAUUAUAGACCUUAAAUUUGAUCAUGUUUUCUUCUCCGGCGAUAAAGAGAAUGGGAUUAAAGUAGCUCAAGCUGCUGCUCGCACACUAGCUUGUGUGACUCUGGUACUGAGUGGUAAAAACCCUUGUUAUGUUGAUAGUCAAUGUGACAUCAACACCACGGCUCGUCGCAUUACCUGGGCACGAUUUCAUAAUGCUGGCCAAAGUGCUGUGGCACCUGACUACAUCUUGUGCCAUGUAGAUGCCAAAGAAAACCUCCUGCAGGCCCUCCGCUGUGCACUCCAGCAGUUCUAUGGGACCGAUCCAUGUGAGUCCAGGAGCUUUGGCAGAAUAGUGAAUGAGGAGAUCUUCAACAAGGCCAAAGACCAGCUGUGCCGAUCUGGAAAGGUGUUUAUAGGGGGUCAGGUGAAUGAGAUGGAGAGGUACAUUGCACCAACUGUUCUGAUGGAGGUCAUGGAGUCUGAUCCAAUCAUGCAGCAUAAUGUUUUUGGACCCAUCCUUCCCAUACUGACGGUCCAGGAUGCAGAUGAGGCUGUGACUUUCAUCAAUUCCAGAGAGAAACCUCUGUGUGUGUAUGCUUACUCCAGUAACAACAAGGUGAUUUCAAAGAUAAUGAAUGAAACAUCCAGCGGAAGUUUCUGUUUGAAUGACUGCGUCUUACAGAGUGUGAUGGUGGGAAUGCCUUUCGGAGGAGUUGGUGCCAGUGGAAUGGGCUCCUAUCAUGGUCAGUACAGUUUUGAUGCAUUCUCUCAUAAGAAGUCCUGCCUUCUGCGAACCACCCGGAUUGAGUGCAUGACAUUCUUGCGUUAUCCACCUUAUGAGGACCGCAACCUGUCCUUGGUCAGCCUGGCCAGCUCUCUGAAUCUGAAGAGUCAGGGUUGGUGCACUAUUCUGUAAGAACCAUUGCUGCAGUGAGGACACAAAUCAAAUGCCUUUUUACCCUCACUGUGGGAAAGUCUCUUUAAAUAUUUAAUAAAAAACUAUCUUUAAACCCA